UACGGCCUGCCCCUCGCAGCCGCCUCCGCCUCCAUCCCUGCCGUUGCCGUUACCUGUGCCGCGUCCCCGACCGCACCCCAAUCACCAUCCUCGUUCCCAACACCUUUCAUCUUCGGCGCCAUCCCCCGAUCCGCAAAUUCGUAUCCUUUGCGACCUCGCCAUCUAUACCGCUACCAAUUACUUGCCGUGACGUCUACCCAGGUGCUGCUGGGCGGCAAUUCAGUCACUCUCAUCUCUCGUUCUCCAUCCCCAUUCUCCCCUCGAACAGAGCUUGCGGACAGCAUAGAGACACUCAUGUGUGCUGCAAGCGCUCACACUUGAGACACGACCACAUAGACGUACAACACACGCUCCCCAUAUACGACCCAGCCUCGCAUCUUCACGACCAGCAAGCCAACCUCUGCCUUUGGGCCAGAGACGCCAUUGGCUCUCUGAGAGCGGCACCGGGUUCAGACAGCUCCUCGACGAGACAGUCGCGUAGGACAACAUGGCCCAACUCAUACAUCCACCUCGGCCCUUGUCGUCGCAGCCGCCUCUGCAGGACCUCAGCCGUACUGAUUCUGGCAGCGGCGUGAGAGCCCAACGUCUGCGUCCUGUAGGGGCAAUCUCGCCUUCCCCUCGUCAGACACAGACGAAUCCACGCAUCUCACAGGGAAGCAAGGGCACACGUGGUACACCGCCUCUGCGCCAUCAUGACUCGUCACCGGAGAUGCUGCUGGCCUCACUCCCCGCGCAUAGGGUUCAGGACCGAAGAUCGACUGCAUUGACUGCGAACCACGACGGCUCUGCUCCUUCAUCCUCGCGGCCAUCGCUGAACCUACUUGACCCCGACACGAUUGUACAGGCUUCCAAUCCAGCCCACCCGGACCAUUACCUCUGGCUACAAAGGAACCGCACCAAUUCUCCCAUCUCUCGUCGCAAGAAGGUGCCUGUUCUCGAUCCAGAUGACCCUGCUCUGACAGACAGUAGUGCAGGACCCUCAUGCGGCGGUCAUUCUGCAGAUGCGAGGGUCAGCCUUCGAGCGCAGCCAUCUGGAGGCAGAUUGGCUCCUUCUCUCCGCGGCACGAUGCUGAGUAGACCAUCGUCGUCAGUUGCUUCACUUGACUCAUCGUCAGACGGGGCUCUAUCAGUGCCCAAUACUCCUCGCACGAGGAGAAAGUCCGGCGACCGCUCCCCGAAUGGAACAGUUGGAUCCUCGUCUGAUGCAAAAGCAGCUGCUCGCAAGAGGCGGCGCGAGAGGCGGGAGAGGAGGGAGAGAAGGGGAGCCAUGGCAACUCCUCCACCUCCUCCGGUACUGCCGCCGAGGGUUAGCAGCACUGCUGCACGGGAAGAGGACAAUCUCGAAGGCCUGCCGCCUCUUGAGAAGGCAGUCUAUCCUCGCUCUGCAGUUUCGCCCAUUCUUCCCCCGCAUCCAGUGCGUACGCUGCCAAUUGGCGGUCGGACCUCUUCCAAUCCCGCUCUUCGAGCUUCGGCGCAAGCGGUGGCAACAUCUCCCGCUCUUCCGCUGCCUGUGAAAGCCGUCAGGCUACUGGGACCGGAGUCAGCGGCGAAUGAGAAUUUCUACCUGGGUGGGAACGAUGGUCUUGGGCGCUGGCCGGCCGAGGAGCCCGAGGAGGUGCCUGAUGUCUCUAGGAGCAGCAAGCAGCGAGGCCGGAGCGCAUCUCUCGACCUGCUGAGAGAGCAUCUAAACUUCUUCCCGCAGAGGGCGACAAGUCAACAGACCAGCAAGCCGUCAGAGAGCAGCGGGCCUUCCCGCAUACGAGCAUCCUUCGAUGCGCUGCGACCCCAUCUUAUGACCUUGACUCGGUCCAAUGGACCGACUUCGGCUCCUGAGGCAGAAGUGGAUUCUGAUGCGUCCGAGACGAUGGUCAUCAAGCAAAAGCCGGAAGGUAAGAUGCGAAAGGGGCUGCGGUCCAUCAAGUCUGUUCUGCGCCUACGCAGUGAGGCCGCCGAAGGCAGCGCCACUGCGGAAUCUUCCAGUCUGAAAUCGCCCACCAGGUUCCCGGUACAGAGCUUCGCGCAAAGUACCCAAUCAUUGGAUGUGCCGCGUCGGUCUUUGCAGCUCCGGAGAGCAAAUACACCCGCAGCGUCUGCUGUCCCCGCGGGCUCGAUCUCUGUUCCUCUGAAUUUCAGAAAGCUCGACGGUUGGAGCAGUACAGAUCAGCGACUCAGCUUCGUGGGCGAAGAGGUUGAUGGCUCACAUCAUGGUCGCGAUAGCGUUGAUUCAGGCAGCAGGACAGCCAUUUCAGCUGCGAUGACACCGAUGCCUCUCGAUGCUACCCCUCCCUCAGUCAGCCCCGGUCUCACGGACCCACGCCGACUUUCGAUUGGGCGGAUCGCGCCACAGCUUCAGACCGUGCCAGAGAUCACACACGACCUGGCUCAGAACUCACCUCGGCGGCAAGGAGACGAGCGGCAUCCUCCGCUUGCGGAAGACAAUCGCCAGUGGCAGAGCGGCGAGCGUGAGCGUAGCUCGACUGAGCCGGUCAAACUCACCGGUAGCGGCUUCUCUAUUCGUCCGACCAAUCGAUUGCGACAGCUGCCCAGCUUCAACAGUCUGCGAGGUGGGCAGACCUCGGCCACUUCUCCUCCCGCGUCAAUUUCGGCUGCCGGAAGCACUGCAAGCUCGCCUCAAUACGAUCCUGCCUCAAUGUCAAGACAGCAGGGGUCGAAUGGAUCAAACGGGUCGAAGGGGCGCAGAGGUCUUUUCACGUCUCUGUGGGGCCGCGGUUCCUCGACGCCAAGCUCAAAGGGCGAACAACAGUCUUGGCCUACGUCUGAGCUAGGAGCGGACUCAUCGGCUGCAAGCUUUGGUUCUACUGCUCCUACCCCAAUCUCUCCUAGCAGUGGUGAGAACAACCUACGCAAUGUCCUGGAGCAGGCAUAUACCAAUUCUUACGGAGCGUGCGAGGUCAGUGAAGGUCAGAUGGGCGGACGUACGAACGGACCCUCCGGAUUCAUCUUCGUCCAGCCUCCUGAGACGACAGAUGCAAUGGGUCUAGGAAUCGCAGGCACUAACAGAUCUGGAGCUCGAGAGCUGUCGGCUGGAAGUCAGGCUCCAGCUGGCCCAUUCUCCAAUCCGAUGCCUGCCUUCGGGUCCAGAUCGACAGAUUCGUCAUCCUCUUUCGCGACGCCAAGUUCGGCAAAGCUAGCGCAGUCGUCUAAUGGCGCCGAGUCGAAUAUUGCUCACGGAACACCGGCUUGUCCGCAGAAGUCACCAAUGCCACAACGAUCGCCAUCUCACGCGACAGCAGCAGAGGAUAGGCCGCUGGAUCUGGCCUUCCUUCAAGCUGAUUACCAGCAUCGCUCGGCGCUGCUGACUGGCGGCGAGGCACAUUCAGCACAAUCGACUAAGCCCCAAGUCGCAAUCGCUACCUCGUACGACAAGGACGCAAAGACGAAGGCCAAGAAGCGAUCGCCCUUCCUCGAGGUAGUGGCGGCGGGCAGGAAGUCCUUUAGCAAAGACAGGGCUCGUCAGUCUUCGAAUCAGCAGCAGAAGCAGGAUCUGGUGGAGCAGGGCGGCGAUUUGCCUACCAUUCACAAGAGUCUGGGUCCCAUGCUACUCAGUGAUGGACAGAGAGGUGGAUCAGGUAUGGCAGCAACGGUGGACAAUGCCCCGACUGCAGAAGACGACGAUGAGCCCUGGGAUGGCAUGGAUGUAGAAGAGGAAGGUGGUCUGCGCUCAAGCACCUCAUCCGGUUUGAGACCGCAUGCUCUCGGCGAAGGAGUGGACAUGAGACGGGGAGCUAGUGCCCCUUCGUGGGACAGUGCCUCUUACCGACAUUCUCCGCCAAGUCCUGCGACCUCGCCAUCUGUCUCGCCUUCUAGUCGACAGCGCGAGAAGACCAACCCAGAGUCAGACCAGCCUCUUUCGGUCGGCUUUGGAGACGACAACGCUGAUACCACUGUAGGGCCAAGCGGAACUGGUAGGAGUGGAGAACCGUCCCUGCUGGUGCAGCCUUCGACGCCUUCGCGAGUGGAUGUCUCGGCGAGAGAUCCAUCGGAGAUUCCCGCUCAGGCAGCUGCUCAGAGCUCUUUGCCACUGGGUCAAGCGAAUGCUGGCUCCUUCGGGGUUCGACGAGCCUCGCUAGGGCGUCAUACCAGCCCUCCUGCCAUUCUGCGAUUGUCUCCUUCCAUGCAAGAGAUCGUUUCCACGCCUCCUCGUCCCAUCAAGAAGGAGUCUGCGAUGUCAUCAAUCGACACUGGAAUGAGCUCGAGUGUGUCCUUCAGGUCUGCCAUGACCAGUCCGCUAAUGACCGGCGCACGCAAGUCGUCCGCGCCGCUGUUCUCCGGGCGCAAGUUCUCCCUUGGCGACGCCAGCGGCUCCCUGCCCGGUUCGGCGAAAAAGAGCGAGCCGAGUCCUAUCGCGGGGCGCACUUCCUUCAGCAUGGAUCGAGAUCGAUCGCCGGUGGCCUCCCCGUACACGAAUCAUGCACCGAUGUCCUCCCCUAGUGGCAAGGGCCUUAGGGGUGCCUUUGCGAAGCUAGGCAUCUCGAGUUCGAUCAACUCAGGCCUCUCUUCUCACGCCAUGAAGAGCAUGGGCAGCACAAUAUCGAACGGCUCGACAGGUAGCUAUGGUGCCAGCCACAUGAAGAAGGGCAUCAGCUCCGAGUCGUACCCUUUCACAGCAUUCAACGAGGAGACUCGGCCAGAGUGGGGACCAUCGCCAUUCGAAGAAUCAAGGACAAGCAACGGCAGGCCUGACAUGCAAUGGUCGCACACCAGUCGCUCUACCAGCAGUGGCAACUUGACUGGCCAUGAUAGCAGCCUGUCUGCAGCGCAGGAGGCCACGCAGAUGCUCCAGGUCGAGACGGAAGCGCUGCAGCCCACUCCCGCUGCGACGCCUUCCACAUUGACCGCUCCCGGAAGGCGCUCCAGUGGGUCUUUGAGCCCGAGCUUCCGAGGGCCUAGCAUGGAUAGUCAGAUGAGCAGGGGCAAUAGUAGUUCGCACGUCCAUCCGUCCCUUCAAGCUGCAAGCAUCUACGGCACAGCCACUACUUCCUCAACUUCUAUGAUGCCUACACGUCCUCCACGCUCUCGACCACUCCCCGGAUCCGAAGGUCGGGGCACAUCCCCUACUACCUCCCACCCACAUCGCCAGGAAGGGACAUCUAGCUCCGCGGGCUCCCACACCGCUCCCACACCCUCACCUCGCGCUCAAGAAUCACACGACGUGACUGCUCUCGAUGCGAUGUUGCGUGCUCAAAAAGCUCGGGAGGAGGAGAUGUUCAAGGGGAUCAUGGCGAGGAAUCGCACUCGCACCCGCACCGAAGAGGCAAGAUGUCAAGGGGCGCACUCCCCCUACCUCCUCUCACCAAACGCUCUGAGUGAUGGACGCUCCAGUGCUUUCCUCUGAUCUUGUUGUAAUCUUGCCGUGCCAUUCCAUUCGUCAAUCGAACUAUACCCAUUUCCCCACACGCGUUCACGGGUCCUUACCUCACCCUUUGCUUUGUUUGUUUGUUGCACCCUUGAACCCCUCGCUAGGCUGUGUUUGC